AUGGCGACGCAGGUGUUGAUUGCCCAUACGGGCCAGCGCCUGCAGGUAGACACAACGCAGUUUGCCGCAGGUAACGGGCUUCAAAGGUUCGAAGGCGAGGAGCGCAAGCUGACAACCCUCCAGACAGAGAUCUACGUCUACGACAUCCGGAUAUCCUCACCGACGUCCCCCGGUGGACCCUCUCCCAAGUCCGAAGUGCCCCUCCCGAAACGCUACACCGUCCCCAACGCCCCGAACUACAUCGGCGACAUCCGCGUGCUGUCCGAAUGGCAGGCUCUCUAUAAGGAAAGACAGGCCUGGGCCCUCGGCAUCGUGGGUGACUCUGCGCGCCUGGCCGCAGAGGUGCAGGACCGCUAUGGCGAGAUGGAUGUCAUGAUCAAGUGCCUCGAUGCGGCGGUGACCAAUCUCGAGAUUAGUGUCAAGCAGAUCGACCCGAAGUACACGGAGCUCAAGAAGUGGGUGGAGCCGUCGAUGGGCGAGUUCGGGCAGCUGGCGGGGAGCUGGGAGCGGUGUCUGGAGGUUGCGCGCAGCGUGCCCAUCUCGGCCGCAAUGGUGCGCUUCAUGACCUCGCGCGACCUCAAGAAGAAGCAGGCCACGCUCGAGGACCUGAUCGAUCUCGACACGGCAAGGAAGUCCGGCAAGCUGGCGCCGACGUUGCUGAAGAAGUUCAGCGCCAAGGCGGCAGACCUCGACAAGACGGCCGACAAGAUGUACGCCGGGGUGGAGCGGCUCUUUGGGGAGUUUGACAAUCUUGUUGGCCGGUCUUCCUUGGCUCGAAGCGGGGAGGCGGCACAACUGCUUCAGGAUAUCGAGGCUGUGGCUAAGAAGAUAGAAACGGACUACAGCACGAUGCUGGAGUACGCCGACACCCAGACGAACGUCCUCCAGGCCUCGCGUACGGCGGAGAACCACACGUCGCGUCUGAUUCCGAGCCUGAAGAAGCGCGCUGCAGAGAUGGCUGACAUGCUGCACUACGCCACAGAGGCGCGCAACACCAUCGCAGCGGAUUCUAUCGAUUUCAUGCGGAACAUUACUGAGAUUACAUCGAUGCAUAGCAGCGUUAAGAAUCAAAUUACGGUCUUGAACCAGGCCGAGGACGUCAUGACGACGUUUGACUACCUGCGGCUCAUCAACCAGCUGCCUUACAUGUAUGCCUCCUUCGCUUCGGAGGCGAUCCGUCGCCGGGAGUGGUCAGACAAGAUCAAGACGGACUCAUCGACUCUGGCCAACGAGAUGGCUCUGUUUCAGGACGAGGAAUCGAAGAGGCGAAGAAAGUGGCACAAGAUGGUGGGCAGCAUGUAUGGCCGCGACAACUUGGAAGCCAACAUUCUUGGUCUGGAGGUCAACUUGCUGGGAGAGGAGGAGCCUUGGCCCAGUAUGGUGAAGCGCGACCUCGAGGAAUUCCUGGAACACCUCCAGAGACAGCAGGCUGAGGUGGCAAUCAUCGAGGACGUGACGAAGCUUGUCAAUGAGCUGAGCAACCCUACGAAGCAGCAGUCAAAGAGGUUGAAGGCAUUCAAGAACGGGAGUGUCCACGAGGCUGCCCUUGGGCGUAGUGGCCUGAUGAUUCGUGGAGACGACGACUUGAACCAUACGCUUCGAGAUGACAACACUAAACUCCAGAACAAGCUCAAGACCGCAGAAAGUCGGGUGCGCAGGUUAGAGGACUUGCUUCAUAGGCAGAGCCAGGCCUCUUCUCGCCCUGGCAUCGGUGGACUGUUCGGUCACGAGAGGAACGAUUCUACGAACUCUGUCAGGUCUGUACCACCGGAAGACAGCCGCCGCGCAGCUGGCAACUCUGAAGCCCUUCUGCAGAAGAUUCAGCAGCUCGAGAAUGAGCUCAAUGCCGAGAAGGAGAAGGCAGCCGCCUUCGAGAAGGAUCUCACUGCCCGGACGACGGAGCACAACGAAGUCUUGGGUCGGGUGGACGAGGCAAAAUCCCAGGUGGAGGCGGCUAGGGCUCAGAUGGAGGAGGCCAACGCCACCAAGAAGGAGCUACUCGAGAACAUGGAGGCGCUGCAGAAGGAGUUCGUCAUAGAGAGGAAGUCGUUCGAAAACGAGAUCAAGGGACUUAAGGCGCGCCUUGAGGAGACCGAGGACGACAUCGAGAACUUUGGCGAGUCUAGGGAGAAUGAGAAGGCCACCUACAUCGAGCGGAUGCACGAGAUGGAGGCUGAGAUCGAUCGCCUGCAAAAGGAUCAGAAGGAUGACUCACUCAAGACUCAGGGCCAGGUUGACUUCCUCCGCAAUGAGGCGCGUCUGCAAAGGGAGCAGAACGAGGCUCUCGAAAAGCAGCUUCAGAGCGCGAACGACGAAGCCAAGAAGCUGACCAAGAGCCUGGGCUCUGCUCAAGAGACGGUCGACACGCAGCUCAAGGCUCUUCGCGACAUUCAUGAUCAACUCUCGCCGAACGACGAUACCACCGAAGACCUCAAUGAUCUGAUCGAAGCACUCGUGUAUAAGGCUACUGAUGUUGCUGCCAAGUUGAAGACCCUGGACAACGACAAGUCGAUUCUGAAGGCCGACCUCGAACAGGCCGAAGAGCAUGUCAAGAGUCUGAAGACGGAGAUGACCGAGACUAAGGAGAAGCUCGCGGCCGAGGAAGAGACCUCAAGACAUCUCAAGGAGAACCUGGACGGUGAGAAAGCCAGAGUUGCUGCUCUUGAACAAGAGGCCGCCGAGAGCCGAGAGCAGCUUGACCAGCUGCGGGCCAAGAUUGCUGACGGCGAGACGGGCUCGGAGAGUUUGCGGAAGAAGCUUGACGAGGAAGAAGAGCGCAUCACCUCCAUCAAAGAGGAGCUUGCCUCCAGACAGUCUCAAGUAGGCAGCCUGGAGGAGGAGUUGCGCCUCUACAAAGAGAAGCUACAGGCCUCCCAGGCUAAGCUUACGACCGUCACUGGCCACUUCGACACCAGGUCAGAGAAGACCAAGGACUUGACGCAGCGUCUGUACUCUCACAACGAUCGCCUGUGUCGACUGCUGGAGCGACUCGGAUUCUCAGUCACCCGUCAAGAAUCUACAAUGACUAUUCAGAAGGUCCCGAGAUCCGAGAGGGGAACCAUGAGCCAGAUCCACAACGUCAACGACUCCUCCGACCCAAGCCAGUCUACGAUACGCCGCUCUGGCAUGCUCACCAGUCGCACCCUGGCCGAUAGCACCGACCUGGACCUGUUGUACUGGAUGAAUGGCAGCGAUGCCGAUUUCGAGUCCGAGAAAUACGAAGCCUUCAUGACCAAGCUGGGCAGCUUCGACAUGGACUUGUUCGCUGAGACAGUUUACAGGCGUGUCAAGGACGUUGAGCACCUCGCUCGUAAGCUCCAGCGCGACGCGCGUGCCUACAGAGAGAAGGCACACACGCUGCAGAGGGAUUCCCACGAGAAGAUUGCGUUCAAGCACUUCAAAGAGGGCGAUCUUGCUCUCUUCCUGCCUACUAGGAACCAGACAGCCGGCGCCUGGGCCGCGUUCAACGUCGGCUUCCCCCACUACUUCCUGCGCGAGACCGACGCUCACCGACUUCGCUCUCGCGAGUGGCUCGUCGCUCGCAUUACGCGUAUCCAAGAACGCGUCGUGGACCUCUCCAAGAGCUUGACGAGGCCGGCCGAGACCGACUCCGUCAACGGCGAAGAUGACGACAACCCUUUCCAGCUGUCAGACGGCUUGAGGUGGUAUCUCAUCGACGCUCACGAAGACAAGCCGGGUGCGCCUGCGACGCCUGGUCUGGGCAAGUCGACGAUAGCGACAAACAACGUCGAGGCUAUGGCCGACAUGCACACCCACGCACAGGCGAAUGGCAAGGACAAGCACAGGAUCAGCGUCAAUAGCAUUGAGGGUGUCAGCAAGGCGCUUAACAGAAGUCUGGAGAGUCGUCGGAGCAGUUCUAACUCGAAGAAGGCCAUCCCCUUCGCUGUCGGCGCUGGGGGAGCUGCUUUGCUCAAAGGCAACGCCCUGGGCAGCGAGACCAACUCUCUCCGCGCCGUGGCACCGGAGACACCCACGGGCACCAGCCCGCCGCAAGGGGGACUGGCAGGACCGUCGUCGAAUGGACAAGACCAAGGGCAGGCUUCAGCCAGCUCGCCGCAGACCGAGGGCCCGUCCGAGGAGAGGCCCAGGUCGCCCGAGGUACGAAACAUGAUCGAUUCCCUCGUUGGACCGUGA